CUUUCACUCUGCUCGUAUACUGAAAUGAAUAAUAAGUUGAGGCUGAUGGGCUUGAUUCCCUUUUUCCUCUUAAUGGUUUUCGUGCUGCCACCUUCGGCAGCAUACAAGAUCACCAACCCAAGAAUCGUAUUGCCUGUUCGGUCAAAAGGUUUGGAUGCGGAUUCAAGGAGCUACGCGGUUGUUUUCGACGCAGGGAGUACAGGUAGCAGAGUACACGUUUUUUGUUUUGAUCAAGACUUUGAUCUCCUUCCUGUCGGAAACGGCACGGAUUUUGAGCUUUUUGCUCAGGUUACGCCAGGUUUGAGUGCAUAUGCAGAAGACCCUCAGGCUGCGGCUGAUUCACUCGUCCCAUUGCUCAACGAAGCGGAAAGUGUCGUGCCUGAAGAGUUCAGUCCCAAAACUCCAGUCAGACUUGGGGCUACCGCUGGGUUGAGGCUGUUGGAAGGAGAUUCAGCGGAGAGGAUUUUGGAAGCAGUGAGAGAUCUUCUGAGCCAUGGCAGCCUGGAGUACGAAGCCGAUGAUGUCUCUAUCCUGACUGGUUCCCAAGAAGGUUACUAUAUGUGGAUUGCAAUAAACUACAUAGUCGGAAAUCUGGGGAAGCCGUAUUCAGAAACAGCAGCAGUAAUUGAUCAAGGUGGUGGAUCUGUUCAAAUGGCAUAUGCCAUUUCCAGGGAGAACGCUGAAAAGGCACCAAUAGUAGCUGAUGGAGAGGCUCCAUACGUAGAGAAAUUCCUUCUUAGGGGAACUCAAUAUUACGUUUAUGUUCACAGUUACUUGAGCUAUGGGUUAUUGGCGUCUCGGGCAGAAAUGCUGAAGGUUUCAGGAAACUCCAGCAACGAGUGCGUAACCACCGGUUAUAAUGGUGUUUACAAAUAUGGAGGGAAGGAAUACAAAGCAUCAUCUUCUCCUACCGGCACAAGCUUCAAAAAAUGCAGAAAAGUAGUUCUUAAAGCUCUCAAAAUUAAUGCCCCAUGUAAGUAUGUGAAUUGCACAUUCGGUGGGGUAUGGAAUGGCGGCGGCGGAGACGGGCAAAACAAUUUUUAUGCUAGUUCGUUUUUCUUCUCCAUGUCUCAAGCGGCUGGGUUUGUUGAUGCCAAUGCGCAUACAGCCACAGCUAGCGCUGCAGAUUUCAAGAAGGCAGCUAAGCGUGCUUGCGGAACAAGAUUUGAGGAUGCAAGCUCAAGAUUUCCAAAUGCGCGUGAGAAAGACCUGCCAUUCUUGUGUAUGGAUUUUACCUAUGAGUAUACUUUGCUUGUCGAUGGAUAUGGUCUUCAUCCCCGGAAGAACAUUUCAGUGGCAGGGCAACUUACUUACGAGAAUUCACUUAUGGAAGCUGCAUGGCCUCUUGGUAGUGCUAUAGAGGCGGUGUCACCUAGCAGUGCAUCAUUUCUGAAUUAGUAUCAUCCUAAAAGUGCAUGGUGGCGUUAGCAUUGUUCCAAAUAAUAAUUAAUAACUCUGGUUUAUCUCCAUGAAAUGGGUUCAUUCAUAAUUAGUUUAUUUUCGUACCAUAUUUGCAGAACUCCCUUUACCGAAUAAAAUUUUCUCGUUGGUAUUCAAAUUA